AUGAGAAUUGAUGUGAUUGAUGAGAUUGUGGAAGAGCAACUCCGGGAGAAUGUGCAAUUGUUGAACGAAGCAAAGAGGGUAGAAAUUUGUCCUCAACAAAUCUCUCAAGUUUCGUUUCAUUCCGAGUCGGGGGAAGAUGAAUAUACUAGAGAGGAUGAACCGAAGCCGGAAAGUUUAAACAAGAGCAAUGGUGUGACUCCACCAUCUUCGGAGUUGCCCCCGAAGGUUGAAAUGAAGCCGCUUCCGCCACACCUCCGGUAUAAUUUUGUUGGGGAGAAUGAGACCUUGCCGAUAAUCAUCUCAAACAAGCUCUCUAAGGAUCAAGAAAGGAAGGUUGUGCAAGUGGUGAAAGAGCACAUGUUAGCAAUGGCAUUGGGUUGCGUGUUGGGGCAAAGAAAGGACAAGCGGGUGCAUGUGAUCUACUACGCUAGUAGAACUAUGGCGGGAGCACAACUCAACAAUACCACUACCGAAAAGGAGAUGUUGGCGGUUGUCUUUGCUCUCGACAAGUUUAGACAAUAUUUGCUUGGGUCGAAAUGCAUCAUAUACACCGAUCAUGCCGCUUUACGGUAUCUAUUCACUAAGCAAGAUGCAAAGCCAAGGCUCAUUCGGUGGAUUCUUCUCAUGCAAGAGUUCGAUGUAGAAAUCCGAGACAAGAAAGGUACGGAGAAUGUGGUGGCGGAUCACCUUUCGAGAUUCGAGAAUCCGGAACCAAUUCCAAUUGGUGUGGAGAUUAAUGAGCGGUUUCCGGACGAAACGCUUAUGAUGAUUCGGGAAGUGGAGACACCAUGGUAUACCGAUUUUGCAAAUUACCUCUCAUCGGGAGUCAUGCCUCCGGACUUGACAUCCCACAAAAGGAAGAAGUUCUUAUCCGAUGUUAAAAGGACGGCCUACAAAACUCCACUUGGGAUGUCUCCAUUCCGUAUUGUUUAUGGGAAGGCGUGUCAUCUUCCUCUAGAGCUUGAGCAUAGAGCGUAUUGGGCUAUUAAGAAGUUGAACUUUGACUUUAAGAAGGCGGGGGAAAAGAGAUUGCUUCAAUUGAAUGAGUUAGAUGAAUUCCGAUUAAUGGCAUAUGAGAAUGCCAAGCUCUAUAAGGAGAAAACGAAGCGAUGGCAUGAUGCUCACAUCUCCCCAAAGGUCUUAGAGGUUGGUUCGUUUGUACUUCUUUACAAUUCACGCUUGGGGUUGUUUCCGGGAAAAUUGAAAUCUCGUUGGAGUGGCCCAUUCAAAAUCCGGAAUGUGGCGAAUCACGGUGCGGUGGAAUUGGAGAAUUCCAAGGGUGAAACUUUCAAGGUUAAUGGCCACCGGUGCAAACCGUAUCUUGGACCCUUGACGAAUCGGGUGAAAGAUGAGAUAUCUUUCACAACUCCUACAUGA